CUCUGGGGAAAAGCAGCUGGAGCUAAGGAGAGCGCCACAGCCUGAGCUGAGGCAGAGGCAGAGCAGCAGCAGCAGCAGCCGGGGCCAAGUGGAGUUGGAGCAAUCUGGAGCCAAGAGUGGCACUUACCGUCACAGACAAUGCCUGGGAGUAACUCUGCUGAAUCAACUCUCACCACUUCUAGCCAAGGGUCUUCAAAAACAACUGAGAAGCGCCAGGCAGAUGAGAGUGAGGUAUUUACCAGAAUGUCCUACUUGGCAAUUGAGACCAACACCAAUGCUUCAUCAUCCAAUGGAUCUCUGCCACCCCCAAAGAGUGUGCUACGAACAGUAUUUAACAUCCCGUGUCUUCUGAUAAUGGCCUUUGCCUUCCUCCCAAGAGCCUUUAUAAAGGCUUGUAUCUCCAUAAAAAACCUAAUCACCUUGCAGAAUGGCAAGAAAUUCUUCAAGAUCCUGCUGUUGCUGGUUCCAAUCAUUUAUGCAGGUAUUUACUGUGUUGGCUCACUAUCGUCCAGGAGAUUAGCAGAGGGGCUAGCAUCACAGGAAGUGACAGAGCUACACGAAACAGAGCUGAAGUCACUGUGGCAGUCUCACACUUUAUUAGAAGAAAAAGUCCAUGAAAUAGAACACAUUAAAGAGCAGAUGCAGCAUCUGCGUGCAGAGAUCAAUGGUGUGAUGGAGGGUAUCCUGCAUUCUGUUCAAGAAAUCCUGGAGGAGAGCGACAUCCCAGGAGAGAACAGAGAUCAAGUGCUAGAGAUGAUAAAUGUAGCAUUUAAGAAGGUUUAUGAGGACCGUGUCCAGAUGCCUGACUGGGCUCAGAAAUCCAUAGGUGCCACCAUUGAUACAGACAGAACAUCUAAGAGUUUUGAACUUGGGAGAACAGAGGGGUGUUGUUUUGGUUCAUGGUUCUUUUCUUCUGCAAACCCUCCAGAUACUAUUUUACAGCCAGAUGUUCACCCUGGAAACUGCUGGGCUUUCCAAGGAUCUCAGGGUCAGGUAGUAAUUAAAUUGCCUGAAAAAAUUUACCCAACCGCUGUUACACUUCAGCACAUCUCUAAGGCAAUCUCUCCCUCUGGAGAUGUAACUAGCGCCCCAAAGGAUUUUGCUGUAUGUGGACUGGAUGAGGAAACAGGGAAAGAAACUCUACUGGGAACUUUUAUGUAUGACUCAGGAAAAGAGACCAUUCAAACUUUCCAACUGAAGAGUGAACUUUCCAAAUUUUUUGUUUACAUAAAAUUCAAUGUGCUGAGUAACUGGGGCAACCCAGAGUACACUUGUGUUUAUCGAGUCAGGGUACAUGGGAAGAUGACAGACAAGAGCUGAGGCCUGUAGUAAGAAGACAUGCAGUGAGAACACCAUCAGAAAAGU